AUGUCUUCUGGAAACAAACAACGGGCUCCUUCGGUACUGGUCACCGACUCGAGAGCCCGCGAGAGGGUCAACCAGCGACGCAUACCGCAGCGUCCCGAUGCCAUGUCCCGGUCGCCCGGACGGAUGCCGAUGCGGUUCAUGACGGUCGACAACGUCCUACAAUUCAGCUCCCAGAUUCCGUCGGGCCAGCCUCGUGGCCCUCCCGCGCCUUCAACCGGCCCUCAUGGCGCCGGCUCUGCUCACGCACGGCGGGUGGCGUCCGGGGGCCUCCCCAAUGUGCAUUCGCGCACCGGACAGCCCAUGCCCUCCAGAACGACCAAGAUUAGCGAAAAGCUGGUGCUGCUGCCCGAGACAGACGACAAGGAAGAUGUCGAAGACGAGAUCGAGAGCGACUCCGUGCUUGCACGGCGGUUACAAACCGAAGAUGACCGGCCGCUGCGUGACGAGGAGCUCGACGUGCUGCGCAAGCGCGGCGGCAUCCGCGGCAAAAGCUACGCCGAGAGGCUGCCGAAGAUGCAGCGCAAGGACAAAGUCAGCCGACUGACGGCGUACUGCACCGCGCAGGCGUUCAAGAUCAAGGCCACGGCGGAAUUCCUGAAAGAAAAGCACGAGGCGAAGACCAAGCUCUACGACGACUGCCUGUACGUCAUCUACGCGCUGCCGCUGAUGAACGGCACCGACGGCUACCGCGUCCGCGGCCGGCCCAUCCUGAAGACGCCCGGCACCGGCAAGACGGUGCUGGAUCUGGAAAUCGAGCGCACCGAGCAGAGGGACCACCACGAGGGCUACUUCGAGGACGACGCCUACACCGCGCCGCAGAGCCCCGAGCAGCCCAGCCACAUGCGUCCCGGCACGCACGACGCAUCGCCCGACGAUGACGCCGCCAACAUGCACAACAGCUUCCACCCGCACCACGACGACGGCACAUCGCCCAUGAACCGCCUGGCGCCGCACGCCAAGAACUUUGCCGAGAUGUUUGUCUACUCGUACGGCGUCGUCGUCUUCUGGAACUUUACCGAGUACCAGGAAAAGGACAUCCUCGCCGACCUGACCUUUGCCGACGCCGAGGACGGCAUCAGCCUGCUCACGCGGCCCCUCGAGCAGCACGACUUUGAGACGGAGGAGUUUCACUUUGAGUACAGUGCCGACGUCAAGCGCCCGCGCAUCUUCAACGACAUGAUUACGCUGAUGCCGCGCUCCGACCACAUGAUCAAGCUGACCAUCAGCCACGCCAUCGCGCAAAGCACCAAGCUGUGCCUCUUUGAGGAGCGCCUCGGCGAGACGAUGCUCGACGCGCAGGAUGUGCCCAAGACGCUGGCGCUGACGGGCGAGCUCAACAUGACGAGGACCGAGAUUGUCAAGAUUCUCGGCCGGCUGUUCAAGAGUCGCGUGGACAUUAAUCUUUCAUCCAACAUCCUCGACGUGCCCAACUUUUUCUGGGACUCGGAGCCGACCCUGCACCCCCUGUACGCCGCCAUCCGCGAGUACCUCGAGAUUGACCCGCGCAUCAAGGUCCUCAACGAGCGGUGCCGCGUCUUCCUCGACCUCGCCGAGAUCCUCUCCGACUCGGUCAACGACGCCAAGAUGAGCGCCAUCACCUGGAUCGUCAUCAUCCUCAUCCUCGUCAGCAUCCUCGUCACCGUCACCGAGGUCGGCCUGCGCUUCGCCAUGCUCGAGCGCAGCAAGUCCCAGCCCGGCGAGGACCGCGUGGCGCCGUCGCUGCUGCACGCCGGGACGAAGAACGCCCCCCCGCCGCCGCAGCUGCGCAUUGGUCCGGCCACACCCGAGGAACAGCAGCAGCAGGUCGCGAUGAUGCCGAGCGCGCUGGAGGAGCUGGCCCGCACGCUCGGCCUCGAGGCCAACGCUACGCUGGACGAGGUCAAGAGCAGUAUCCGCACGUUGCAGGACGGCACGGCGCCGCUGCCUGUGCCAGAGGGGAUACAGGUCGACGAGCUCAAGUAG